CCUGAAUACAACACUGUCAGUCACAUUAAAUCCGGUAUAAAUUUGGUAACAUGAGGUACAAAAUUAUCAUAUUCGUAAAAAUGUUGCGUAAAGUGCUAAUAGUGAUAUCCACGUUGUUAAUUUGUGUCAACUGUAGUAAUAUUUCUGUGAAACUAUUUAAAGAUUCAGACGUAGUUAAUAUAACAAUUAAUUCAAUUGUUGAGUUAAAGCAAAAUGUAGCCCACAGAGGUGAACUAGAAGACAUUGAAAUUGAAGAACAAAAUGUUCCAGUAAUACCAAACAAUUUUCUGAAUGGAAUCAGUGUUAAAGAACUCCACAUUAUUAGAGCCCAAGUACAAGAUGUUGAACCUGGUGCAUUCAAUGGGGCUUCUAUGGUUAACCUAAUGUUGUAUGAGAACCAAAUUGCAAGAAUAAGAAAAGGUAUAUUUAACAAAAAAUCAUUUAAUAUACUUGCUUUGCAGAAUAACAUUAUAUCUAAUAUAGAAGAUGACGCCUUUGACAGUGCAACUAUCAACAUACUAGACUUGGGCUUUAACAAGAUGGAAAAACUAACGUCCAAAAUGUUCAUUGGUUCAAAUAUAACAAAUCUUAACUUACAAUCAAACGUAAUAAGUAAUAUAGAAGAUGGCACUUUUGGUAAAAUCGAUAAUUUGAACAAAUUAGACCUAAGCGGCAAUCAACUGGAAGUUAUUGGACACGUUUUUAGCAACUUGACAAAUUUGAACGAAUUGCACUUGGACGGAAACCGAAUUAAAACACUUGAACCUGGAUGUUUUGGCGGUUCUGGGAUCUACUGGCUUUAUUUUGCAGGUAACCAAUUGACUCAUAUUGCUAAGGGAGUGUUUUAUAAGGUACCCAUCUCUUUAUUGGAUUUCACUAAUAACAAAAUUUCAAAAAUUGAUAAAGGAGCUUUAGCUGGUCUUUCGACGCUAACAUUUGUUCAGUUAGCUAAUAACAAUCUUGGAGAUUUAAAGCUGUCCACUCUUGGCUCCCUCGAUACUAAUUUAAAUGGUCUAUCUUUGAGUGAAAACGGUAUUUCAAAUAUCGAUAUUGGUGUGUUCAAAAAUACUAAAAUCGACAUGUUGGACCUAAGUAAAAAUCACAUAAAAUCGAUUAAAAAAGGACUUCUCCGUAAUGUUACGGUCUACACUAUUAAUUUAAGUGAAAAUGAGAUUACUGAAAUAGAAGAAGGUGCUUUUGAUGAUAUCGAGGAUUUAAGUUUCAUAGAUGUGAGCGUGAACAAACUUAAAGAAGUUAGGAGGAGGAUGUUCAGUCUACCAUUGGAUCAAGUUAAUUUGGAAAAUAAUUUAAUAACUAAAAUUGAUCGUGAUGCCCUCAAUGGUCUUCCGCUUUCACGUCUUCAGUUAAAAAAUAAUCCUAUUGCUGCCAAGAAUAAUGCUUAACAUGUGUAUUUAAUAUUAAUCGAAUAAAUAAUACAAUUUUG